AACACUCGAGUAGAAGCAUUCGACAAUCAAAAAAGAAAGUGUUUUAACUAUCAUGGCGUUACGAGAGAUAGUAAGUGAUGAUAUAGAGAGCUACAGUGAGCCAUCUCUUUGUCUGGAUAAAGCCAAGGAGCUUCUUGCACUCCUCAAUUUACCCACAGGAUUGUUGCCACUGAAGGACAUGACAGAAGUUGGCCACAACAAAACAAAAGGGUUUGUGUGGAUGAGGAUGAGAAGCAAGAUUGAGCAUACAUUCGCUGCAAUAGGUCGUAAAGUGAUAUAUGACACGGAGAUAACUGCUUUUGUUGAAGACCGUAGGUUGAAGAGACUAACGGGAGUUAAAAGCAAGGAACUCAUGAUCUGGGUUCCAGUGCAUGAUAUCUUCAUCAAAGAGAAAGAGCCUGAGAAGAUAACAUUUGCUAAUAACACCGGCCUGUCACGAACAUUUAAGGUUUCAGCAUUUCAGAGCGAGGGCUGAUGAAUCGGAAGAAAAAUAGAAGUGACUAAAGUUACUUGAUGUAGUAAGCAAACAAUAAAGAACAUAAAUUGUUCCAUAUCAAUAGAACGAACACAGUGUCACUAAUAUCGUAAAGAGAAUCAUUUCCCUAA